UUCAGAUUUCGUGUUGGGAGUAUCGUUCCUGAAUAGACUUUACACUAAUGUUCAGAUUUAGUUGGGCUUCGACGCGGGGCGAAAACAAGAAGUGUAUUUUUCCAAUUUUUUAACAAAUUAUUGUUAAAUCACCAUUCUUUCUCACCAUAAGAUUAGACCUGAACCCAAGUAGUCAUCAAGAAAUUCACAGAAGAUGUCAUCUUCCUCUCAUCCAUCAAUGGCGCUUGCUUUCUACAGCUACUCCCCCUGUAAACCCUCUUCUUCAACAAAUUCCAGUUUCACUAGUUCGUCAUUAUACACGAAGCAGCAGUCAAAUCUUCUCUUUCCUCUGAGAAAAGUAAAAUUCAGGCAGCAGAGUCGAAGCUUAUGUAUCGUCAGCGGGUCGGGUUCUGAUGAGAGCAACUCUCAAGAUGAUGAAGUAGAUAAUUUGGGGGUCAAAGCUGCAUUAUCAAUGCUCAAGUUCUAUAAAAGGGAAAUCUCACCAAUAAUGCCAAAAAGUUGCCGCUAUAUACCAACAUGCAGUGAAUACUCCAUGAUUGCUUACAAGAAAUAUGGAGUUGUUAAAGGGACAGUUUUGACUGCCUGGCGUCUUUGUCGUUGUAAUCCUCUAGGAGGAUCUGGUUUUGAUCCCCCGAGAUGGUUCGAUGAGGAAAGUCCACCACAGGAAUAACACGUAAUACUCCAUCAAACAGAAAUACAGUUAUCUUCUAAUAGGUUCUGCACAAUCAUGUGAGCAAAAAGACUGUUAACGAUGAAGAUUUGUAUAGGAUGCGAGUCUUUUGGUGUUCUUGGAGGAGCACAGUGGAAAGAAUUAGGGCAGCAAAACUAAACCAAACCCACAAUAGACCACAUUUGGAAGUAAACAAUCAACACCAAACCUGCAGUAGACCACAUUUGGAAGUUACUUAUCUACCUUGUUAUGCUCAAGACUCAUAUUCGCGAUAUUGCAUUUGUCCCCCUUACCCUGUGAUACUAUCGUUGCACUUUUAGCCCUACAAUGCAUCUUAAGUGGCACAUUUGAUCCUAUUUCACAAGGACCAGAAGUACAAAACUCAUUUCUUUUGGUUGCAUGCAUGCUUGAGGCAAGCAUGAGGUAACCUAAAAAAGUCAUUUUUGUUGUACCUAAUAUCUGCAGUAGACCUUAAAACUAGUAUAUUGUGAAGCCUCACAAGCUAAUACCAACACUUGAUUGAGUUGCUUCGUUUGUUCAGAAUUGUUUCCCUAUAAUCUCAAAUUUGGAGAGAGGCCAUUUUAGGUUAACUUAACGUUGAGUUGGACCA